UGCGCAAACCCCAGCGCAUCGAGGACGCGCCGGGCGCACGGCGCGCUUGGUUAAAUGACGUCACUGUGUCAUGUCGACGGGCAGCGUGCGCCAUCUUGAAGCGAAACCAAAUCACGGGCAGAUCCCGCUCGCCUCCGCUCGCUCUCAUUCCGCGCUCGUUCGCACCGUCCGCCCGGCUGAGCUCCAGGAUAAGCCGCGCUGAAGGCUUCGAGUCACAGGCACAGGCGAUGAUGGCAGGGGUUGGUGGAGGCAAUGAUUUCCAGUGGUGCUUCUCCCAGGUCAAAGGAGCCAUAGAUGAAGAUGUUGCAGAAGCGGACAUUAUCUCAACUGUUGAAUUUAACUAUUCGGGAGAGUUACUAGCCACAGGAGACAAAGGGGGAAGAGUCGUCAUAUUUCAGCGAGAACAGGAGAGUAAAAACCGCCCGCUCUCGAGAGGGGAAUACAACGUGUACAGCACCUUUCAGAGUCACGAGCCCGAGUUCGAUUACUUGAAAAGUUUAGAAAUCGAGGAAAAGAUCAAUAAAAUCAGAUGGCUCCCGCAACAGAACGCUGCACACUUUCUCCUUUCUGCAAAUGAUAAAACCAUCAAACUAUGGAAGAUCAGCGAAAGGGACAAACGAGCGGAAGGAUACAACCUUAAAGAUGAAGACGGUAGACUGCGAGAUCCCUUUCGAAUCACAACGCUACGGGUUCCUGUGCUUAUGCCGAUGGACUUGAUGGUGGAAGCAAGCCCACGCAGAAUAUUUGCAAACGCACAUACAUAUCACAUCAAUUCCAUUUCAGUAAAUAGUGAUUAUGAAACAUACCUUUCUGCAGACGACCUCAGAAUAAACCUCUGGCAUUUAGAAAUCACAGAUAGAAGUUUUAACAUUGUAGAUAUAAAACCAGCCAAUAUGGAGGAGCUGACGGAGGUGAUAACGGCGGCCGAGUGUCACCCACACCAGUGUAAUGUCUUUGUAUACAGCAGUAGUAAAGGAACCAUCCGCCUGUGUGACAUGAGGGCCGCCGCGCUCUGCGAUAGACAUAGCAAAUUUUUUGAGGAGCCAGAAGAUCCCAGCAGCCGGUCGUUCUUCUCAGAAAUCAUCUCCUCCAUAUCUGAUGUCAAGUUCAGCCACAGCGGUCGAUACAUGAUGACCCGCGAUUACCUCUCCGUUAAGGUUUGGGACCUGAAUAUGGAAAACCGGCCCGUAGAGACCUACCAGGUACAUGAGUACCUACGUAGCAAGUUGUGCUCGCUCUACGAGAACGACUGCAUUUUCGACAAGUUUGAGUGCUGUUGGAACGGUUCAGACAGUGCCAUUAUGACGGGUUCCUACAACAAUUUCUUUAGGAUGUUCGACAGGAACACGCGCAGGGACAUCACACUGGAGGCUUCGAGGGAGAACAGUAAACCCCGUGCCAUGCUCAAACCCCGCAAGGUGUGCACCGGCGGCAAACGGAAGAAAGACGAAAUCAGCGUGGACAGCCUGGACUUCAACAAGAAGAUCCUACACACCGCCUGGCACCCGAAAGAGAACGUCAUAGCUGUGGCCGCCACCAACAACCUGUAUAUAUUCCAGGACAAAAUUAAUUAGAAAAAAAAAGAGAGAGAGAGAGAGUGUGAUUUAAAAACCAAGAAGAAACAAAAAUCAAGAAAAAUAACCCCUCCUCCCCUCCCCUCCCCUAACCCCCACACCCCUCGCAGGUCGGAGGACGCUCCAAAAAUCUCGUACUUUGCAAUGAUAAGCCUAGUCGUUAAAUCUGUAAGAGAAAUAUGGCCCUGUUGUCGACCUGACAAAGCAAAGCACUUGUAUUCACGUUAACCAGGAAGCUGAGAGACAGACUGUAUAUUUGGGGGGGGAGGGAGGGGGGAUCCUCUUUGGGAGGGCUUCAAUUAUUCACGACGACCCCAAACAAAAAUAAAAAAAGAAACGAGGAAAGGCCGAUAUCGACCAACCCUCCAGCAACGGAACCCGCACCAAUCAGCAUUAAGAGGCUAGAUCCACUUCGCAAAAGUCGUACAUGUAUUCGUCUCUCGACUGAGCCUUACGUUUUUAUGAUUUGACGACCAAAAGUACGGAAACGCACCAGGAUGAGUAACGUCUUGCUGUCAAUCGUAUGUACUCGCCGUUCGAAAAUUCAGGCCUUCAUGAGCAUUUGUUUAAUGCCUGUUAACAUUCCUUCCCCCGGCCGACUCUCAAGGCCUUCAUGUCCUACCUUUUUAAGCACUUAAAACAGGUCUUCGUUUCGGUCAGUGGACAGUUUUGUUUCCCCUCCCCCUCCCCCCCUCCGUUUUUAUUUUCGUUCUGUUUUUAUUUUAUACUUUUUCUUGUUUUCUCAUGCAUAAUAAUAUCUACUCACUGACUGUAUCUAUAUAUUGCACCAUCUGGUGUCAAACCACUUAAUAAAAGUAACAUAACUACAAAGAGAAAGCGUUUUUUACAUUAUGAGCAGGUAUGUAUGAAUUUUUACGUUCUAUAUUUGCAUGUAAUCUGCAUAUGUAGAUCUGGAGCGCCAGUGGUUAAAAUGUGAAAUCAUCCUGCUGAACCCAAAGCUGCAGCAUUAUUUGGGAAUUCCAUAAAAAAAGCGAUUUGGCGAUUGGAAGGACUUCCGGCGAAAACAAAAUGGCCCCAUUUUCGGUUUCUGCUUUGUCAGAAAAAUUCCCUCAUAAUGUUCCAGUUGGGAAGCAAAUCUCCGUAUUGUACUACUUGAAUUUGCAGUUGCACUGUUUGAUUGAGGACACUGGCCAUGAUAAGCAUCAGUAUUGCCGUCUGUUUCGCUUUAGUUUUCAUUUUGAUAUUUACGGUUUUUCUUUUUUACUUCGCAAAGGGAUUCUACCGCCUUAAAUCUGUCUGUACGUCCUAUAAUAUUCCUCCUUUAACCUUGAGGACUAGAUGAUCUCUACAACCCGUCACCCAUACGACGCCCGGCUACCUUCGACAUGCAUUAUUUUUUUUUAUUUUAGCACUCCAUAUGUCCGUUCACGUGCUGCUACGGUUUGUGCGGCUUAGUAUUUGGACACUAAUAUAUACGAGAUAUCGUAUAUAUCACGGAACACUCAAAUCAAAACCGACGUGUUCAGUGCCUCUUGAGACAAAACUGGCUUUCCUCCAGUCAAUCAAAGUUGACUGAUCCCAUCCUGAUGCCGAGAUAGAAACAUGCGUCGCGCGGGAAGUCGUUUUUAAUGGAUAUCUCGCACCAGGUUGCGGUUUAAAGAAACCGGUGACGACAAAGUUUGCGCGCUGCUGAAUUUUGACACGCGGCUGCAAAACUGAUGUCAAAAUGACGAGCGUAACUUAACGGUUGACAAGUACAAAGUUGUUGUUCUAGCUGAUUGUGACGCUCUUUGAAUCUGGGAACGGACAGGUCGGAUACGUACUCGCAGACCUUUUUGUUCCUUGUUGAUGAUGAUGCUAACAUUGUGAAAGUGUACACUUGUUUGAUUAUUUUUGACCAAAGUUAAAUAAAAUUUUAAUUGUGUUUAUCUGAA